AAAAAUGACGCUAAACUAACACAGAAGUCUAAUACUUUCCGAACCAGCAUCCGCUAUUCCGUAGUUUCGCCCGAGAACUGCCCCAAAUCAAACAGCGAAAAGCCCUAGCAUUUUUUCUCCGCCUUCCAUUUGAAAAUGGCGGAUGCUCCCCGUAGAAGGCAUUCACGUUCCCCUUCGCCUUGGAGAGGACGGUCCAGGUCUAGAUCAAGGUCCAGGUCCAGGUCCAGGUCCAUAUCCAGAUCAAGAGCCAGGUCCUUAUCGCGGUCGAGAUCCAGAUCCGGUAGUCGUGGCAGGAAGGAGGCUGCAAAUCCUGGAAAUACUCUCUUUGUUACUGGCCUGUCUACUAGAGUCACAGAAAGGGACCUUGAGGAUCACUUCUCUAAGGAAGGAAAGGUGAGUGAAUGCCGCCUAGUUGUUGAACCCCGUACGCGCAUCUCUAGGGGCUUUGCAUUUGUGACCAUGGAUUCUCUUGAGGAUGCCGAUCGUUGCAUCAAACAUCUCAAUCAGUCAGUUUUGGAGGGCCGUUACAUAACUGUGGAGAAGUCGAGGAGGAAACGCCCACGAACACCUACCCCUGGACACUACCUUGGGAUGAAAAACACCCGCGACUCUAGUUUUCGUCAUGAUCGUGGCAGAUACCGUGGAGGUUAUGGCCGCGACGACUAUGGUGGUGGGUACCGUCGUUCUCCGAGGCGCUCACCUUAUCGGGGCGGCCGUGGUUAUUCUCCUCGGCGUUCACCUUAUGGUGGGAGAUCAAGGAGAGAGCGGUCUAGAUCACUUCCUUAUUCUCCUUACGACAGCCCGGAUAGGGGCUAUGGGCGUCGUUCAAAUGGGUAUGCAAGGUAAGUUACUCUAUUUGGGCUUAUGUAGCUCUAAUUAUGGGCUGAAGUAGACAGGAUGGACUGAUAGUUUAAAACUCUUUGAAGUAUAGUGAUCCUUCUAGUUUUGUUUGAGUUUUGUACGCUUGGAAUGUGGGACAUGCUUGUUACCUAUCAUUUUGUAAAGGAUCUGUUAUUUUACCUUA